UCCCCUUCACCGAAAGGUGCUACUCAAAAACUGCUCCACAAUUUCAUUCAGCAAAAGGUGGCGCCCACUGAAAAAUAAACUGCAAUUCAUUUGAACCUUUCAACCCCUCCGAAUCUGAGCUAAAACAAAGCAGAAAACCCAGAACUUGGAAAGUUGAGAAAUUUGUGCGCGUGAGGAGAGAGAGAGAGAGAGAGAGAGAGAGAGAGCUGACCAUGGAAAACCAAUCUCCAAACUAUAUUGCCAGGCCAAGAGACCAUCAUCAAGAACCAUCAGACUUCAACCUGAAUGAUUGGGAUCUGAAAGCCACCAGGAUCAGCAGACACAACACCAGCUCACGAAGGUUCUCCGCUUCCAACAUCAGGAGCUUCAGAGAGGACAACCGCUCUUUCCGUUCCAACUUCACCAUCUCCAGCACUGCCUCUUCCCCUGGCUACCCUUUUAAAGAUGAGAUUGAUCCUUCAACAUACUCCUUCAGUACUGCUCUCAAAGCAUUACAGGCAAGGUCUGGAUAUGCGUGGGAGUGCUUAUCGCCAGAAGGGUUCGCUCUGAAUUCGAAGUGGAGCGAUGCAGAGAAGUACAUAAGCAACCCGCUCUCUGGGCAAGUGCCCAUGGAGUGCUUGUCUGCAAAAACUCUCAGUGCAAGAUCUUUCCGUAACAUGAUGACCAAUCGGGUCACCAUGUCCGCACCUCUCGUCUUUUCUGCUUCUUCGCAUCUUUCGUAUUACUCCGUGCAAACCAAUAGUAAGCUCGCCUCUUCCAAUCCACAAGAAAAUGUGCUCCAAAUCCCAAUUCAAGAAAAGAAAGUGGUGGGAGCGACUAGAGAUGUCGGAGUUCAGAGCACGCUGACGGAUCUGAAGUCGAGCAGCCCGAGCCCCACUUCAACCCCGUCAAUCGGAGAGAGGAUGACGAAACGGUGCGGUGAGGAAAGCGGGGAGUCGCCCCAUUCGAAUUCGAAGACGAAGUCCGAAGAAGAGGUUGGGCAGGUUGGAGUGAAAGAAGAAACAGUAGAUGAAGAAGAAGGAGAAGAAGGCUCAUCAAUGAGGGUCAGUGAAGAGAGAGACAAGGAAGAUGAGCCGAGAACUUGCAGAAGCAGGCAAGUCGGGUGCCUUUCAUGGAUGAGCAAGAGGAAGCAGAGGGAGAGCCACAAGCGCCCCGCCCGGAAGAUCAAAGUAUUUCUGUCACAUAUCAGAGCGUGCUAAUGAUGGUUGGGGGAUCGAUCACUUUUUCAGUAGCAUGUCAAUGUAAUCGGUGGAGGACGAUGGAGCGUGAAUGAGAGACGGAUGAUGACGACCGAGGCAAUUUUGGCUUUCCUUUUGUACUUUUGUUGGGGAGUCAGAGUUUGUGAAUUGUUCUUGUCAUUGAAGGGAUGGCACGGCAGCUUUUCGCCGGAUAUCACAUGCUUCGUUUUUGGUUCUCUCUUUUAUCCUGGCUCGAAAUGUGUUGCAAUAGGGUCCAGCUUUGUGGACCGCAAGAAGGACGCAGAAUGGUAGGAGUGGAAGAAGGCAAAUAAUUUUGGACAACUAUAGGUCUGUGUCCAUAAAAUAUCUUCCUUUCGGGAGCUGUCUUAGCUUUAUAUAUGAUCAUCAUUACGAUA